CUUCCAACGCUAUCUAUCAUCGUAUAAUCAAACCCUUUUCUCCGAUCAACUUUCCGACUUCAAUCCAUAACAACAAUCUGCAGAUAUGUGUGGUGGUGCUAUCCUUUCUGAUAUCAUAGCCCCCACGGCUAAUCGGUCGCGACGUCUCACCGCCGAUCUUCUUUGGAACACCGAUCUUAUAAAGAACCCUAGUAAGCACUUCUCUAAGCCUCCACGAUCUGACGUCUACGAUAUCGACGAUGAGUUCGAGGCUGACUUUCAAGGAUUUAAGGAUCAGGUUGAGAUUGAUGAGGAUAACAAGCCUUUUGCUUUCUCCGCCUCCAAAAACUUCGCGCCUGCUCGUGGCUCCAGAUCUGUGAAAUCUGAUGAUCAAGCUGAGAGAUCUACUUCCAGGAAAAGGAAGAAUCAAUACAGAGGGAUCCGCCAGCGCCCAUGGGGCAAAUGGGCCGCUGAGAUACGCGAUCCAAGGAAAGGGGUCCGUGUUUGGCUUGGAACUUUUAAUACUGCUGAAGAAGCUGCAAGGGCUUAUGAUGCUGAGGCCAGAAGGAUCCGUGGUGAGAAGGCCAAGGUCAACUUUCCUGAUAAAGCUACACCCGCGAAGCCUAAAUCCCAGAAACCAACUCCUAAGGUCAGCCCUACCUCGAACCAAACCACCAAGAACCAAUAUUCUGGUUCACUUGGAUUUGUGGAAGAGAAGCCACAAAGUAAUCUUGUUGUUGCCACCGAGGAUAUGGCAGUGAAACCAUUUGGUUCAUCAGAAAGUGCUGCCUUUUAUUUCAGUUCUGAUCAGGGUAGCAAUUCUUUUGAUUGUUCUGACUUUCCAUGGGGGGAUAAUUGUGCAAGAACUCCUGAGAUCACAUCUGUGCUUUCUGAGGUUGAUGAGGCUAGCUUUAUGGAAGAUGGUAAUCCUGCAAAGAAGCCCAAGAUGGAGUCUGUAAAUGUGGUGUCAGAUUGUGACAAGAGUGAUCAACUGUUCUUUGAGAUGCCAUAUCUUGAAGGGAACUGGGAUGCUUCUUCAAUGGAUGCUUUCCUCAAUGGAGAUGCAACUCAAGAUGGUGGAAAUGUGAUGGAUCUUUGGAGCUUCGACGACCUUCCUGCUAUGAUGAAUGGAGGUUUUUAAUUGAAAACUCCAAACCCUUUUCAUGCUUGCUUGUAAAUAAGGCUUUACAUGUCAGUACAAUUGCGUUUUCGUUAGCUUAUAUGCAUUGACUUUUCUCUAAUUGAGGAUCUUUGAAUUAUGUAAUGGUUUGUGUCUUUUAAAACUAUGAUUUAGAACUCCAUUUAUAUCUAAA